AUGAGGCUAUGGAAAAGGGCAUCGGGAGUUCUAAAGGAUAGAUACAGAAUUUGGGUUGCAAAGGUUUCACCAUAUGGACCAUGUAGAAAUCCUGAUCUUGAAACUCUUAUUAUUAAAGCAACAAGCCAUGAUGAACAAUGUAUGGAUUAUAAGAAUGUUCAAAGAGUUUUUCAAUGGCUAAGAACAUCACCUUUAUACCUUAAACCACUUUUAUGUGGACUUUCAAUGAGAAUUCAAAGGACACGUAGUUGGGUUGUAGCACUUAAAGGUUUGAUGUUAACUCAUGGAGUUUAUAGUUUUGAUUUACCAAUGGUUCAAAGCAUGGGAAGGUUACCAUUUGAUUUAUCACAUUUUAGCGACGGACAUUUAAGUCCCGAGAAAGGUUGGGUUUUUAACGCUUUUGUUCGAUCUUACUUUGCUUAUUUGGAUCAAAGAUCGGUAAUUUUGAGGGAGGAGGCAAAUAAAUUACAAAACAAAAAAGGAAAGGAAAGUGAAGAAAUUCCAUUGAUUGAAGAGUUGAAGAAUUUGGAGGAGUUACAAAAAUUGAUUGAUAUGUUGUUACAAAUAAAACCUAAGAGUGAAAUGAGUAUGAAAAUUGUUCUUAUUCUAGAAGCAAUGGAUUGUGUGAUGGAUGAGAUUUUGGAAGUUUAUGGUAAAUUUUCCAAAGAGAUUAACCGUGUAUUGUUAAGGGUUUGUGAUAUUGGUGGAAAAGAAGAAGCAUGCAUUGGUCUUGAUAUUAUAAGAAAAGCUCAAUUGCAAGGUGAUAAAUUAUCUUUAUACUUUGAUUUUUGUAGAGAAAUUGGUGUUCUUAAUAAAUCAGAAUGUCCAAAUAUUUUAAGAAUUAAUGAAGAGGAAAUUGAAGAACUCAAGAGAAUCAAGAAUAAAGAUGAAGAGAAAGCUAUUGUUGUUAGAAAUGAUUAUGAACAAUUGAAGAAUGGUUUGAAGACUACAGUGAUUACGGAUCAAUGGGAGGUAUUUGUUGAUGAUGUUAUUGUUGAUGUUCAACAACAUGUUCCUAAUGUUACUACAUUAUGCGUUAUUCACACUAAUAACCCUUUUGUUGAUGAAUGUUAUAGCAGUGUACCAUAUGAUCCUGUUCAAAAUUAUGAACUUCCGGAUCUAAUUAGUUUAUAG